GCCGGCCGGGCUUCGCCUCACUCUGCCUCGGAGCCGGCCGUGGUAGUGGCACAAGUGGUCGCGCGGCAAGAUGAGUGCGGCCUCGGACCCUGUGGUUAUCGUCUCGGCGGCGCGGACCGUCAUAGGCUCCUUUAAUGGCGCCUUGGCCACCGUUCCUGCACACGACCUGGGCUCCACUGUCAUCAGAGAAGCCCUGAAGCGGGCCGCCGUGGCCCCCGAGGAGGUGUCGGAGGUAAUACUCGGACACGUCUUGGCCGCAGGUUGUGGGCAGAACCCAGCUCGCCAGGCCAGUGUGGGUGCUGGAGUCCCCUACUCCGUUCCAGCAUGGAGCUGCCAAAUGGUCUGCGGGUCGGGCCUGAAGGCCGUGUGCCUGGCCGCGCAGGCCAUAGGGGUGGGCGACUCGAGCAUCGUGGUGGCCGGCGGCAUGGAGAGCAUGAGCAAGGCACCUCACUUGGUCCACCUAAGAGCAGGAGUGAGGAUGGGGGAAACACCGCUGAGCGACAGCAUCCUCCGGGACGGGCUGACGGACGCCUUUCACGGCUACCACAUGGGCAUCACAGCUGAAAAUGUAGCCAAAAAGUGGCAAGUGAGCAGAGAAGAGCAGGACCAGCUUGCGGUUCUGUCCCAGAACAGGACAGAGAGCGCCCAGAAAGCUGGCCAUUUUGACAAGGAGGUGGUGCCGGUCCUCGUGUCUUCUAGAAAAGGUCCAAUUGAGGUGAAAACAGAUGAGUUUCCUCGACAUGGGACCAAUCUAGAGGCCUUGUGUAAGCUCAAGCCUUACUUCCUUACGGAUGGCACCGGCACCGUGACCCCCGCAAAUGCCUCUGGAAUCAACGACGGCGCCGCAGCGGUGGUUCUCAUGAGGAAGUCAGCCGCUGCCAGCCGCGGGCUCGCGCCUCUGGCACAGAUCGUUUCUUGGUCCCAGGUGGGCGUAGACCCAUCCAUCAUGGGGACAGGACCGAUCCCGGCAAUAAAGCAAGCGGUGGCUAAAGCAGGUUGGUCACUGGAAGAGGUUGAUGUAUUUGAGAUCAAUGAAGCCUUUGCAGCUCUCUCUGUCGCCAUAGCUAAAGAACUUGGAUUAAACCCAGAGAAGGUCAACGUGCAAGGAGGGGCGAUAGCCUUGGGCCACCCCCUGGGAGCAUCUGGCUGUCGGAUUCUUGUCACCUUGUUGCACACGAUGGAGCGGACGGGUGGACGCCGCGGUGUCGCUGCCCUGUGCAUUGGGGGUGGGAUGGGGAUAGCAAUGUGUGUGCAGCGAGGGUGAAGCCACACAGCAGAGACGAGGUGGGGUGUGGGGAAAACAGGAAACGAACUAAAUUUUAACCUUUUUUUUUUAAAUGCCAGUAAUGCAUUUAAGCUCUAUACUAUGUGAAAUCAGAGGACCAAAGUGAGGCUGGGAACCAUCCAGAACCAAGGUUUACUAGUGCAGUACUCUUUAAUGUGUAAUACUCAAGGGCAAGACAAUUGCAUCUAACAUUGUUAUAAAUAAAGAGAAACCAGAUCAGUCA